AUGCAGGACUAUUCCAAAGAAUCGGCCGGUUCCGUUAUUGAUGAUGCAGCUGAGACAUUUGGGCUUGGUGACGUCAUGGGGCAAAUAGACGCAUCUUGCCAAGGUAGUCAAGAUGGCCAACAAGAGGAAGAAGUGGAGAAUGAGGAUCCAACUCUUGAAUUGGAAGCUGGAACUGAACUAACUCUUCCUUCAAGUGCUACUACUAUUCAGCCACCAGAUGGCGGCAGAGGCUGGGGAAUAACCGUGGCGGCGUUUUUCAUUUUUACCGCAAUCUAUGCCCACACGGUAAACUUAGAGCAAGUCCUCAAGGAUCUGCCGUCUGCCACCAGCCAAAACGAGCCUGUAGAGUCAUGUCCGCAGACGGCAGAAUACUUGUCGCGCAACUACCUCAACGCCACUUUCCCGUCUUGCAUGCUAUAUUCACAUUUUGAGGACAUUGUGAAUAUGCUUUUCAGUGACAUACAGGCUCAGUGUUUACCCGAAUCAAUAAUGUCUGAUCUUAGAGGCGGAAUGUCGGCAGAAGGCAUCGCUGCUAGUGACAUCACUAAGUGUGAUCUGGAGAUAAAGCAACACAACGAGAUGUGCUGCGUUUCGGAAGUGACAACAGUAACUGUUCCACCAACUACUAGCACCUCUUUAGACUUUUCGCCAAUUGCUGACGCUUAUAAUAGCUUGUAUGGACUCUUUGGUAUCAUUAGUGCAAUAUUUAUCUUAAUCUUUGGCUACCGCGUUGUGGCAGUGGUUGGUGGACUCGUCACGGCUAUUGGUUGCCUUAGUGCAUCUUUCUCGUCCAACAACACCGUCCAUCUGCUGGCGUUUCUGUAUGGAGCUGUGCCUGGAAUCGGUUACAAUUUCCUCUCAGUUUCCUGUACCGUAGCUCUUCUUGAAUAUUUUAAUAAUCGGAGGUUGACGGCUUUACUUUUGGCCCAACUGGGGCCAAUCCUUGGUGCCAUGUUUUACCCAAUCAUACAGACGAUUCUUUUCCCGAUAUUAUCGCUGAAUGUUUGGCGAAAUUUGAUUCGUUUCGAAGCCGUUAGUGCUGUGCUGGUAGCUAUGAUUGGUGCAUCACUGAAGCCGCUUAUGGUGCGAAUGAAAGACAACCCCAAUGACAGUUUGGUCUCACGGAUGUUUGGUAUUAGUGGUCUUGGGUUGUUCAAGAAUCCAUUGUUUUACGUCAUGGCGGCCCUGUUCUUCUUUUGGAAGGGAGCUGACAUCAUUCCAUACGCAAAGCUUGCAACCUUCACAGGGAGUAUUCUCAUAAUUCCAGUUGGUAUGUUUCUGGUGAUCCUGGUAUACGUGGGCAGCUUCUUUGGAACUCUUUUUGGAUGCUACUUCCCUCGAGGGAUUAAACUGCAGACUGUCUUCAUUAUCAUAAUUGCACUGAGCGCCGUCACUGGUGCGCUCAACAUGAGUGCCAGUCAACUGUAUGACCCCAUUUUUGCCAUCGUCUACAGUGGCCUGUUUGGAAUCUUCACAGGUAUCGGCAUUCCUUGUUUGCAGUACACAAUACCUAUAGCAUUCGGCGAGGAAAACAUAGUCCUGGGAACAGGCAUUUUGGAGUUUUCUUUCGGUCUGGCCACCAUUGCAGUAAUGCCAUUGGCGGACAUUGUUCACAGCAGUAUGGGUAAAGUGGAUGCUUCUUUAUAUCUCUCUGGAUCGAUGUUCUUCGUUUCAUCGGUACUCGCAGGUCUCUCGAUCGGCAUCCAUCGCCGACAAAACAAGGUAGACAGUACCUCACAGGAAGAGGCAAACCAGAAUGGAAAACAGGUCUCUGAAACGACUACACAGGCGAACCUAGAACCAGGAUUUUGUGUAUUGUUAACGGGCGUGUCAUUGAAGGGUGCCAAGUGUGUACAAGAAGACGAUCAUCGUAUCCUGGACGAGUUUUAG